AGCGGCGCUCCCGGUGGACAUCCGGCCUCAUCACACCUCGCCUUUGCCAAAACAAAGAAAAACAAAACGCGCCACCUUAAAAACUCUGGCACCGGAUUCAAAGGGUGGGAGCGGCGCGACUCGGACGAGGCCGGCCCGACACCGCUUGGGUCUUCGGUGCAACUUUAAGGCGCCAACUUGAACCUCUGCUGCCUCAGUUCUGGACCGUCUCUCAGACGCGGUCCAAAUCAAAGUAUCAGAUGUUUGACUUGUGAACAUUCACAUUUAUUUUUGUUUGUUUUAUAGCUUUUUUGUUUCUUCCUGGCAGACGUAUUUGUACAGAGUUCAGCAAAUCUGCCUUUCUGUUCUAAAACGUUUUUUCUUAGAGGAUUUAUUUGCCAGCUCGUGUGCCUCUUGUGAUAGCAGAUAUAGGACUGUGACAGCUCCACGUAGACCAAGGCACACUCACAAAUGAUUUGUUUUUGCCCACUUUUGUUUUUUUUUUUUGUUUGUUUUUUUCAAAUAAAAGGAUUGAAUUUUGUUAAAGGUUACAAAACUAGCUUUUAUCUUCAGUUGGAUAUCUGACGCUCUCCCCAGUAACAUCUGUACAAUGUGAAAACACUGAAUAAUAGAGACUACCUGAAUUAUUUAAAGAACCGUCAAACACAGUGAAUGUUGCAUUUGCACUGAUUAAUCAAAGUGAAAGAUUUGAUUUGUAUCUAAGCCUGGGUUUUUUUUUUUUUGUUUUUUUUUCUUUUAUGAUCCUCCCUCCCAUACCUGUUUGUUGCACUCGCCAGGCCACUUUGUUUUAUAUGAUUAAAUUAAAAUUGUUUAAAUGCACAAUUAAAAUGCAAACGGAGUGUGUCACUCUUGACUUAAUUUGUGAAACAAGAGUUUUUCAUACUUUUUUUUUUCUGGUUUGUUUGACUUUAAUAAAUGUUUGCACCACACAUAUUGACACUUAAGUCAGGUUAUUAAACUUUUCUGAUUUGUCUCUGCUUAGCAACUUUAUUUGGUUUUGCUGAGAAAAAGAACUAAAUGAGCCGAACUGCUGUUUGAACCCGUCCGUUCGGAUUUGGGUAAACAGAGACACCUAGUGGACAAAUGGCGCUACUGCACCUAGUGGACAGAAGAUGUUCCUACAGCGCCCCACUGUUUCACUCGAGAGUGAAAAUGAAACUGAACGGCUGCUUUAGUUGUGAGUGGUUAUAGCAACGCAAAGCGUGGCUGGAGAAAAGGCGGUAAGAACAGGCUGCGAUGUUUACUGGGCUCCAUGGCUACAGUCAUGGCGGACAGCUGCAGGACGGUGGUCGUAUCCGGUGUGCCCGCGGUGCUGGAGUUCAGCAGGAUGGUCGACAAGUUGAUUAUCCACUUUCAGAGUCGUAGGAGAAGUCACGGAGGGGACGUGGAAGUCGUGAAAUACCCCACUGACAUGGGCGGAGUAGCCUUCGUGACUUUUGACAAAGCUGAAGAUGCAAAGCGGGUGUUGAGAAAGGAGCAGCAAAUCAUGAUGGAUGAGGAGUUUACUCAAGACUACGUUCUCACUGUGUUUCCCUUCAGCACUGAUGUGUUUCUGUACGUGGCCGGAGCUACGGUGGACCUCUCAGUUUUCGGCAGCGAUCAGGCCUCUCUGAUCAAAAGUCUGCAAUCGGCUCACAGAUCAAUCCGCUUCCAAGCGUCACCCCAGCAGAGGAAGGCCUCCAUAGAGGGUCCCUUCUCUGCCGUCAGUGCCCUGAAAGAGGACCUCAUCCGAAGGGCCAGCCAUCUCAGGCCCUCAUCCCAAACCGCAGUCGGCAAACCCAGAGCUAGCUCUCCUCAUCCUAGACUAGCAUCCAAGAAUAGCCCAACAAGCUGCAGAAGCACAGAAGCUAACAGGGAAGCAGCAAACUCCAGCAACUUAUCAAAGUCACCUCACCACACUAGAGAAGCAAGAGAAGUCCAAAGCCUGAUCUCAAAAGCAGAAACUCCAAAAGCUUUCUUGAGGCAGAAAGUGUCUAAUGAGAGUUUGGCUGGAGGGAGCUUCAGACCAGCGGCUGGGGAGGAAAUAAGUACACGACUCGUCUCCUCAUCAGGGCUCGCAUGUUUCCCUAUGGAGGAGACAUUCACUAAACGGCAAAGAGAUUAUAGGAGUGCACAACAACCUGGCAGGUCAGACAAGAUCAGUGCCAUCCAAAGCGGAGCUAAUUAUAUGAAGGAUCCCGGCAGCCCAAUGAGGAACAGUAAGUUCCCUCAGAAUGACCUGAGAAAAGGUUCAACUCCCUCAACAAGCAGCGCAGGGACUUCUGAGUACAUUUUGGUUGACUUUCACACAUUCAGAUACAUAGAAAAAUUUCACAAGACAGAGUUAGACAGGUGCUUGAAGGAUGUUGACAUGACUACCACGGAAGUAGAAGGAGCUGGAGUAAUGGAAAUAUUGCUGAGUGUGAAGCAACCGUCUGGGGCCUCGUCAGGAACCCUCAGAGACGCUUUGGAAAACCUGGAGAAUAUGAUCUACUUUUGGCAGUCUAAACUGAGAGUUCACGUGAUCGAUUACAACAAAUCUGUGUUUUUUGACAAGCAGAAACUGAUUGAGAUGUGCAACCAUGUGAACGACUGGUACAAUAAUGUUCUGUAUCUGUUGGAGAAUUCCUGCAUUAAAGUGAUCGGCCCUUCAGCAAACAUCCUCCUGUUCAGUAAGGAGCUGGAGGACAUGAUGGAUAAAUACUCUGCUGUGAAGCCUGUUAUAGGCAAAAGCAGGAGAUAAAAUCACAUAGGAGACCACAAGGGGGAGCUGUUGGGCCUGACCAAACCUUUUCUUGCACUGAAAUUAGGGCGUACAUUCCUGUUUUUACAACAAAUGUGACCAAACAAAAAAAGACUUUUGUUUUACUUAAUUUUAGUUUUCUGUAAUCUGUUUUGCAUAAAUUAUUGCUCUAUUACAGUAGACAAACUUCUCAUUAAAACCUAAAAGGUGACAGAUGACAAGCUGCCUGAUGUAAUCAGAUCACUUCAACCUCUUUCUGUAAACUCAUGCAGUAUUUUGAUUGGUCUGUCUGUCUCCAACAAUAAAACACUGACAUCUGCG